GGAAAAUUCUCCAUCUUCACACUCAUCUCGGUAAUUAAUUUUGCAUCUUAUCUUCGUUAUUCAGGUGACUUAAUAAGGAAACUCUGAAUUUUGAAUGUUUUCAAGAGGACAUUAUUGCACUAGUAAAUUUUUCAACAUGUUACUUCCUUUUUCGCGUAUGCUAAACGGAAAAGGCCCCGAAAAUAGCUCAUAAAUACACUCCAUCUUCCCAUCUUUUCAAAUCAAUUGAAUUGUGAUAUGAUGGAAAACUCGUUGUUGAAGAUAGACAAAAGAGCAAUUUUCUACAAGGUUUUCUGUCCCUCAAUCACUAAUGAACUGAGAAUCCCAGCCCAUUUUCUCAGGCAUGUAUCAGAAGAAUCACCUGAUAAAGCCACCCUCAAGUGUCUUUCUGGAGGCACUUGGAAUGUGAAACUACAGUGUGAUGAAGAUGGUUUGCUUAUACAAAAGGGUUGGAAGAAAUUUCAAAAAAAUAAUCAAUUAGAAAAUGGGGAAUAUCUCGUGUUUAGGUACGAUGGCGCUCUGCAAUUCACAAUAAGAAUUUUCAGCAAGAAUGGACUGGAGAGGCAAGUGAAAUCAACAAACAUGGUAGAAAAUCAACAAGCUUCAAUAGAUGGAGGCAGCAAGCGUAAAAGGCCAGAAAAAUUCCCUAAAAAGACUUGUGCUAACGGUGAAAAUGAAACAGAAGAUGUAUGUUGUGUUUCCUUAGAACAUGAAACUCGAAGAAAAAGAGCUGCACUUGUGACAGAAGAGGACCUUCUCACUCCAAAUAUUCCUCAAUUUGUGAAAUGUUUGAAAGGCUACAAUGUGAAAAAGUCUUGUUUCUUGUACGUUCCAAGAUGGUUCUCUGAACAACUUUCGACAUCAGGCAAUAAGAGAGCAGCUGUCCUCCGUAAUUCAGAAGGAAAAGGGUGGAAAGUGAAUUGUAUAACACAAAAUGGAUAUCAUGCUUUCUGUGGGGGAUGGAAACAGUUUGUGAGUGAUAACAAUCUUAAGGAAGGACAGAAAAUUCCCUCAAGUUAUGCAACCUACAAGAAUGGAAAGUUACCUAGGAAUGUUUUUUUUAGGGAUCGAUUUAAUAAUAUGUGGCCUAUGGGAGUGACCAAAAUAGAAGGAGCUUUGUAUUUUGAAAAUGGAUGGAAGAAAUUUAUUGAGGAUAACAACACUCUAGAGUACGGAGACUUUAUGAUAUUUGAUUAUGAUGGAAAUGAAACAUUUGACUUCAAAGUACUUGAAAUGAGCGGAUGUGUAAAAGAAGGAGCUAAAUGUGAAAAGAAAAAGGAAGUGUAUGUUGAACAUCGAAAGAGUGUAGAGCCAAAAGAAAAAAACAGGAUUGGAGAUAAUAAUGAUAGUUCAUCUGAUGAUGAUAAUGCUAAUAACUACAUGAUAGAAGAAGAAGAAAGUAACGUUAAAGAAGAGGUGGAAAAGGAAGAGGAAGAAGACAGGGAGGAGAAAGAAACUAUGGAGGAAGUGGAGGAUGAAGCUGAGGAGGAAGAAGAUGAAGAAGAGAUUGAAACGACUCAAACAUUCAAGAAAAGGAGGUCAGGUUCAAAAGCUGGACGCAGAAAAGCCAUUACUUGCAAGGUCAGGAAUAUGAUCGACCGACAUGGUAUAGAUAUAUUCAGAAGUGGAAGCGCAACUAAGCCAAAAAAUCCAUACUUUGUAGCAAAGAUAAUAGCAAAAAGGAGAAAUCAACAGUAUGUUCCAAUUGAUGUGGUGAGAGACUACAAACUUGAACUCCCUCCUAGCAUGAUCAUUCGCGACUCAGCUGGCAGAGAAUUUGAGACAAAAGUCAAAUAUUGGAAAGACGGCCGAAUAUGGUUGGUAGGCGGAUGGCGCAGUAUAUGUCGGUGGAACCUUGUGGAGAAAAAUGACAGGUUCAUCUGUGAAUUUGUGAGAGAACAAUGUGGCAAAAUCUCCUUCUUACAAGUUCGUGUUCUCCAAGAAGGAUCAAAUUCCCAUCCCAAUAAUAAAUACCCUUUUUUUCGAAAAUAUGUUUUUUCUUCACAGAAAAUUCCCACAGCAUAUACAAAUUACAAGAAUGGAAAGCUACCUAGGAAGGUUUUCCUUAGGAAUCAAUUUAGUAAUAUGUCUUGGCCUGUAAGAGUGAUCAAAAUAGAAAAAGAUUUGUAUUUUCUAAAUGGAUGGGAGAAAUUUAUCGAGGACAACAAUCUAGAGUUUGGAAACAUUAUAAUAUUCGAUUAUGAUGGAAAUGAAAUAUUUGAUAUAAAAUUACUUGAACCAAAUGGAUGUAUAAAGAAUGGAGCUAAAUGUGACAACAAGAAGGAAGAAGUGAAUGUUGAACAUCAACAGAGUAUAGAACCAAAAGAGAAAAACAAGACUAGAGAUAACAACAAUAGCUCAUUUGAUGAUGAUAGCACUGAUAACUAUAUGGUAGAAGAAGAAGAUAAUGAUGAAGAAGAGGUGGAAAAUGAAGAGGAAGAAGAUAAUGAACAAAAGGGGGAGGAGAAAGAAACAGAGGAGGAGGUGGAUGAAGGAGAAGAGGAUGAAACAGAGGAGGAAGUGGUGGAGAGGAAAGAGAAUGAAACAGAUGGAGAAGACACGUCAGCUUCAAAAGCUGGACGCCGAAAAGCUAUUACUUGCAAGGUGAGGAAUGUGCAUGACAAAUAUGGUGCAGAUAUAUUUAGAAGUGGACGCGCAACUCAGCCAAAAAAUCCUUACUUUGUAGCAAAGAUGCGAGCAAAAAUGAGAAAUCAACUGUAUGUUCCAAUUGAUGUGGUGAGAGACUACAAACUUGAACUCCCUCCAACCAUGAUCAUUCGCGACUCUGUUGGAAGAGAGUUUGAGACAAAAGUCAAUAAAUGGAGCAAUGGAACAACAUGGCUGGUAGGCGGAUGGCGCAAUUUAUGUAGGUGGAAUCUUGUGGAAAAAGAUGACAGGUGUAUUUGUGAAUUUGUGAGGGGAAAAUGUGGCAGAGUCCUUUACUUGCAAAUUCAAGUUCUCUAUGAAGGAUCAAAUUCUCAUCGCAACAAUAAAUAAAAAAAUAGUUUAUUACUAUUUAUCUAGCAUUUUAAUUUUUAUGGCCUUAAGUAUUAUUAUGUAUUGACAGAUUUGAUGACUAUAAGCAUUGUUGUUUGUUGACAAAUUUUGAAGACUCAAAAUAUUGUUGUUUGUUGAAAAGAAAUGAAGGUUGUUUUAGUUAGUA